AUGGUCUCCCUCGUCACGUCGUUCACCUCCCUGGGGCCAUCGGCCCUAGCCUACUGCGUCGCUUCGUCAGCGAUCCACGUCGUCGGCUCCGUGUUCUUUGACCUCGUCCACUGGCUGGCUUAUCGCUCCGGCCGCCGCAUCACCGUCACCGGCGCGCGCGGCGCCCUAGGCCACGCCCUGGCCGACGCGCUCGGCCGCGAAAAGGGCGCCUCCGUGCAGACGGCGCGGUUCGGCCUCGACCGGACCUACGACGACUACAGCCGCCUCGACCCGCUGCUGCGCGCGACGGACAUUCUGGUCCUCGCGCACGGCGCCAAGGGCCCCGACGCGCAGCGCGCCAACUGCGACAGCGCCGUCGCCAUCAUCGAGGCCUUCCGGCGGGUGCGCGCGCAGGUGCCGUCCUCGUCCCUGCUGCGGCCCGAGGUGUGGUACGUCGGCAGCGAGGCCGAGCUGCACGGCGCGUGGACGGAGGACAUGCGUGCGCACACGAGCUCGAAGCGCGCCUUUGCGCGGUUCGCGCGCGCGUACUGUGACGACGACGACUUUACGUAUCGCCACGUCGUGCCGGCGGCGUUCUCGUCCGCCAUGGGUCCGGCGCUCGUCGCCUUGUGGUGGAUUCGGCGCGGCGCGCGAUGGUGCGAGCUCAAGUAG